UUAAUCCAAAUAUUGCCACGUUUGCGCUCCAUGUGUCUUCUUCAUCCUCCCCAUCCUCUUCCUCUUCUCGCCUUUCGGGUUCUCCAGGCGCUCUUGCAGGUUUCUACCUGCCUCAAACAGAAUUUCGUAAUAGUUUCGACUCCUACACAGCUGUCUAGUUGUAUUCCUUACAUACCCGAGACUUUUUCUGCACCACCUCCAUAAUUUAAAGUUUUAAAGUAAAACAAUGGUAUUGACAGACAUUUUGUGCAGUGAAGUCCUCCAUUUUGUGUCAUAGUCCAUUCAUCUCAGGGGUAGGAAGGGCCCUUCAGAAUCAGUAGUGGGGUCCAAUUCAUCUCAGGUCACUUUAGUCCAUAAUUCCUUCAAUCAGAUUUCAAAUGCAGGGUUCGCAACACAAACUACCCAAAACGGACUGAAAUAUAUAUUUUCUUCAAAAGUGAAAAGGUCAAAUAAAGUAAUGUGGGCAGAGUUUAUGACACUUUGAUCAUUUUGUGGAGGUUCAUCAUGAAAAUAAACAAAUAAAUAAUAAUGACGUCACAGUCUAAACACUUGUAAAUCUUACUAAGUAACUCCGUAGCCAUUUCGUAAACAUGACCACUCAGCUUCUUACCGAUACUUUCGUCGAACGUGGGAAAUAGAUGACAUCACGCUGAGCCAGUGCCCCUCUAGGCUGUUAAAUGCAUCACGUGUGUCUUUUGUGCUGCUUUAAUUUGCUCAGCCGUACUUCUGAAUGCGUUUGUAAAUGCUUAGUGUUGUGUCUUUCCUUUUGUGCCUUGCAUUAUCUUUUUGCAUUUUAUUGCAGGGUAGAUACCGUUGGCAAAAACGAAGCUUUUGAGAACCUGACCGCAGUAAAUGAUGCAGUAAAUAGGGGGCGGGACAUGAACGAUAGACAACAUACAAGUGUUUAUUUUAGUAACGGUAGUCCUUGUUGGAUUUGUUUACUCCCCUUGACUGGAUUAUGAAUUUCCAGGUUGGCCAGAUGUGCGUUCAAGGCAACCAGAGUGUCAGGAGCAAAGUAUAGGAGCUAUUAAUUUCUGACACUUGGUGACUAAGAAUAAGAAUGGAGAUGAAAUAUCAAGAGUCCCGUUUUAUUCCCCAAAAAACAUCGCGUUCCAUUGUUAGUAUAAAAUAGCAAACAUUUGUCCGAACAAACUACGACUUCCUGUGUACUGUGAAGGCACCCAGGAAGCUUUACUCUAGCAAACAACCUUUCAAUUAUUAACAGUCCAGCGCUCUCAUUCCACCGUCGUAACCAUAGCGCCCGCUGAACUCAAAACAGCCUUAUGGGAAAAAGUCUCAAAGUGGGCCAAGCAGCUCGCAUACCAUUGAGACUUGGAGCUGCUGAUCUCAGGGAUGAAUCCAAAUGGGAUCGGCUGAGCUUGGAAUAUCUUUUUCCUACUCAUGACAAAACAUUUUUCAGUUUUGUGUGGUCUUCCUGUGGAUUUGCUGCCCCUAAGACAACAAGGUUGUCAUUGAAUUCCCACUUGGGUGGGCGUCUUGGUCAUGAAUGCGACCCAGCGGAUCAAACUAAUGAAGCACUUUGGUUCUGUGCCGCCCGAGCCCUCGCCACCUCUGCUGGUGGUGCCUAAACCAGGCAUGGAGGAGCUCACGAUAUGGGAGCAGCAUACAAUAACCCUAACCAAAGAUUCCAAAUUGGGAUUUGGCUUUGCCCUAUCUGGAGGCAGGGACAGCGGAGAUACGCCGGUGAUCGUGUCUGACGUGCUGCCAAAUGGACCGGCCAUGGGACGCCUGUUCAACAAAGACCAGAUCGUCAUGGUCAACGGGGUCUCCAUGGAGAACGUCCACUCCAACUUCACUAUUCACACCCUCAAGACGUGCGGCAGAACGGCUAAUAUUACGGUGAAACGUCCUCGCAAGAUCCAGAUCCCUGCUACGACCAGGCCUCGGGCCGCCUCCCACUCCAAUUUGUUGGACCAAGACCCCCCGAGGAGAACGCGACGCUUCUCGGACGGCAGCGACAACAGAGACGGCAGUCGGUACCCAAUACGAGCACGCAGCUCCUCGCCUGACCGCAACCACACGCGAGCUCGCAGCUCCUCGCCGGACCGCAACGGCUACGGAGGUACGCUACCCUUGAUGUCGUCGGGCUACAAGAGGCUACCGCGCAACGACCUCGAUGAAAAGCCCCUAAGAACGACUCUGGUUAAAAAGAAAAUCUCAGAUGAGUACGGCUUGAAACUGGGCAGUCAGAUCUUCAUCAAGCACAUGACUGAAACGGGCUUGGCAGCAAAGGAAGGCACACUGCAGGAGGGAGACCUGAUCCUGAAGAUCAACGGCAUGACCACUGAGAACCUCUCUCUGCUGGAGACCAAGCACCUGGUGGAGAAGAGCCGCGGGAAGCUGACCAUGACGGUGCUCCGCGACCAUCGCAGGUUCCUGGUCAGCAUCCCGGAGGUGGAGGACAGCGCCCCCAACAGCGAGGAUGAGCGACGACGGCGGCGGCGAAACAGUAGCUCUGAGAUGGAGGAUAUUUCCGACUUGGAUGAUCACUCACCUUCUCACAGAACAUCUCGUCAUCCUACCAGGGAGAAACGGACUCACAGGAGCAGAGCUGAACUUCCUUCUUCGGUGCUCAAGUCAAGAGAUUCUUCCCCCGUGCGCUCCACUUUGACUCGUCAACCCGCAAGAGGCUACGCGUCUCACCGAGCCGCGUCUGACUCCGAGUCGGAACGCAGCGCCUCGCCGCCUCCUGCCCGCACGGACAGUCUGACCCACUCCAGCAAAUACAAAAGCCUUCCUGGUUUGUCCAUGCUGCCCAACCCCAGGUCUUCCCACGCCACACCCAACUGGUCAUCAUCCAGGCCCGGCUCAUCAUCCUCAAGGCCGCACAGGCCCGUGUCAGACUCCGACUCCGACCAUAGCGCCUCAUACCACAGAUAUAAUCCCAGAGUUAUUCCUGCUGAUCUGUCCCUCGCCAGCUCGAGAUCUUCCCCCAUCCUGGUGCGCCAGGAGCCCCCAAGGAGGGUCAACUCUCCAUUGAGAGUCCCUCCCCCGGACUCUGAGUCGGAGUCAGAAGGCAGCUCGGCGCCUCCUCGGAGGCAGAGCGCCAACUACAGUCAGGACUCGUACAGCAACAGCAGAUACAGACCUUUGCCGGAACAUUCCACGAAGCCGGAAACGAGACGACACAGCGCCUCCGGUAUCCCGGUCGGCGGUGCGCCGCACCGAGCUCCGUCCGAGUCGGAUUCUGAGGACAGUUACACGGCGGUCCCUCGCAGGCACUCGACGAACAGCGAGAAGUCAAACGCAGCCAAAACUCGUGCCAGAAUCACUCCUGAGAUCAAGCCCUCUUCGGUCAAUGUGAAUCCGCCGCCUGUUCGCCGAAUCCCAUUGCCUGUCCAACCGCCUCCUGAUGAUUCCUCCGAUUCGGAUGAACUGUCACCUCUGCGGAGGUCGGGCAGCUCGGACCGCGGGAAUAGCAGACGCAGCAACAAUGCUCCCGGUGUGACUCCCAAUAGUGGCACGAUGAGAUCCGGGAUCUCCGUGAGGAGCAAUCCACCAGUUAACUCAGCAGCAGUACGAGCCUCAGCCCCCACCAAGCCUGAGGAAGAGCCUAUCUACUCCUUACCCCCAGACUCGUACCCGACAUCCCACCCAGGGUACAGCUCCGACAUGCACACGGUGUCGUUCGUCAAGGAAGCCAGCGUGGGGCUCAGGCUGGUGGGCGGAAAUGACGUGGGCAUCUUUGUGGGGGGGGUCCAGCCCAACAGCCCUGCCUACGAGCGGGGGAUGAAAGAGGGUGAUCAGAUCUUGAAGGUUAAUAACACAGACUUUGGACAUUUCACUCGAGAGGAGGCAGCAAAUUUCCUGCUUAAUAUCAAGAGAGGAGAGAAGGUGGAAAUCCGCACUCAGAACAAGAUGGACAUCUAUAAGAAAAUCCUCAAGUCCAACCUGGGGGACAACUUCUACAUCCGUACGCACUAUGACCACGAGACCGAUCACCCCAUCGGGCUGAACUUUAUGCGAGGGGAGGUGUUCCGGGUGGUGGACACCAUGCAUCGCGGCAAGCUGGGCAACUGGCUAGCCAUCCGCAUGGGCACCGAUCUCCACGAACUCGAUAAAGGUACCAUCCCCAACCAAACCAGAGCGCAAGUGCUGGCCAGCCAGGAGCAGGCGCAGAGGGCGAGCGGCGAGAAGCCGGUGUCGGGGCCCAGGGCUGAAUUCUGGAAACUACGGGGCCUCAGAGGGAACAAAAAGAACGAGAAGAGCCCACGACGCUCGCGGGAUGACCUCCUACAGCUCACCAUUCAGGGCAAAUUCCCGGCUUACGAGAGGGUCCUGCUCAGAGAAGCAAAUUUCAAACGGCCCAUCGUCAUUAUGGGUCCUCUUAACGAUAUCGCGAUGGAGAAGUUGGCCAGGGAGUUGCCUGAUGAAUAUGAAGUGGCUGAGAUGGUUCCUCGCAGCGGGGGCAAUGACAGCACCUCAACGGUUAUCAAACUGGACACCGUGAGGCAGAUAGCUGAGAAGGACAAGCACCCCCUGCUGGACAUCACGCCCACAGCUGUGGAGAGGCUCAACUACAUCCAGUACCACCCCAUGGUGAUCUACUUGGACCCGCACAGCCGCAAGGACGUUAAGGCCAUGAGGCAGCAUUACAGUCCUGACUCCAACAAGAGCUCCAGGCGCCUCUACACGCAAGCGCUCAAGCUGAGGAAGGACUACAGUCAUCUUUUCUCAGCCCGUGUUGACCUGCAGCCCGGCUCCAGUAUUUGGUACCAGGUUCUUAAGGACAAGAUUCGCCACCAACAGUCUAAACCAGUCUGGGUUUCCGAAGUCACGUUGGAGAGCGGUGGGGAACAGGACCUUGAUGCACUGGAUCCGAUACAGUCAGACUACCUCAGCGCCGCCAGUGACCUGGAGGACACGGACGGUGAGCCCUACACAGACGGCGAGGCCUACACGGACAACGAGGAGCCGGAGGAAGCCUACCCGGGUCAGAACGCGGCAAGGAACACCAGAGCGUCCGGGACCGCCUUGGCUCGCUCGUCCGAGCCCACCUGGGGCAGGCCAGACGAGGAGAUUGACCCUGAGUUUUAUGACGAGGUGUACUCGCCGGGUAGAAGAAUCCCGCCUCUGAUGGACGUGCCGGAACUCUCCACGCUCCGCCGCCAGAGCCGCAGCCCGCCUCUGCGUCAUCUGGACGACAUUACUUCACACCGUAGUUUUUCGGACUCUGACUUCAACCACCUCGACGCGGUCGGACCCACUACUCCGUCGGACGGACCCCCGGAUUUUAUCGCCCCCGACCCGCCCAGGCGCUACUCUGUCAGCGAUCAAUCGUAUGGGGACGAGCCAGAGAGCCCUCAGCAAGCCAGCCUAGCUGAUAUUGAGAAGAAAAUACAGCAGGCCCGACAGGCAGAGCCACAGACACAAGCGGAGGAAAAGAAGGCCCUUCAGUUCAUCGUAGUGGCACAUCACCAAGCGGUACAAGUCAGACGCACGCAGAUCCGAGGAGGUAUCAACAGCUCCGAUGAAGAUGACGACGAUGAGACUGAGGACAUUGAAUGGGGUCCAGCGACAGAACUGUAGACAAGCCGUGUGUCCAACAUUCCGGUCUUAACGAACAAAGACACUCCAAGACACUUUUUUGUUAGUUAUCCCCAAUCGAACAAUUUUUACCAUACAUACUUGAUUCACUUUAAAAGUACCAUGUAACACAUUUAAAAUAAAACAUUGGUCUUAACUGAA